AUGGCAUCUGGCCCAGAGGAGCCAGGGCCGGGGGCCCCGGGAUCCUUCCCUUGCCCGGCCUGCGACAUGGUUUUCCCUUCCAGGACACUGCGGGACAGCCACGCCCACCGCUUCUGCAUCGGCCACCUCACCGGGGGGCUCCCUCAGGGCCGCAGGGAGGGCCCGGCCCCCCGCCCAACAGUGACUUCGGGGCCUCAGCCGGGAUCUCGUUGCCAGGUUCAGUCCCACCAGCCCGAGGAUCACGUGGAGACCCACAAAAGCGCCCUAGAGCAGGGGGAAGCCGGUGGCGACACCCUGAAGAGGCUGGCAGAUGAGGUGCAAAGGCUCCGAGUCGCACUGCAAGCCCCGGCCCCUCCGCAGAAGGGUGCUGUAGGCCCCCGCGCCCACUUGGAGGCCCUUCACGCUCGCCGGCUGGCAGAGAUUGGAGCCCGGACCAGGCGGCUGGAGAAGCGCCGGGAGGAGAUCCGGCAGCAGCUGGGGGAGGUGGCAGGGGGUGACGCCGGCCCAGGGGUCCUGGGCCAGGUGAUGCUGGCGAUCCAGGCCCAGGAGACGAGGACCCAGCAGGCUCUGGACUCUCUUGGGGAGCGCGUGGACAAACUGCAGGCAAGGACUCAGCCGGACCUCCCAGCAGGGAAGGAGGGGGAUGGGCCCCUGCUGGGCCCCCUUGCCCUACCUGCCAGCCAAGGAGUCCUGGCUUCGGAGAUUCGGGCUCUGCAGACGUUCUACCUCCAGGCCGGAGGCAGAGACCCCGGGGUCCUGGCCCAGAUAUGGGAGCUGCACCUGGAAGCUGCCCUGCUGGAGGGGAGGGGCGGGCGCAAGCAAGGGAAGGCGGCCGCCGGCCCGCGGGCACCAGACACACAGCUGCAGGCCCUGGAAGCCAUCAACAGGCACUUGGAGACUGAGAUCCUGGCCCUGCAGACCCAGAGGGGACCCCGGAGAGCCCGGCAGCGCCCGCGGGAGCCUCAGGCGGAGGAGGGGCCCGGGCUGCUCCCGAGAGGAAGAGGAGGCUCUGCCCGCCUGCCACCCCCUGUGGCUCCUCCGCUGCCGCCGCCUGCCCCGGGAUUCCCCGGAGACCCUCCUAUGCCAGGCCUGAGGGAGAGGCCGCAGAGCCGCCAGCUCCUCCCCCCGCCCGAGGUGCUGGGCCCGGCUCCCUACGACCCAGGGGCCGGCUUCGCCGUCUUCUAUGACUUCCUCCUGGGGCUGGAGCCCGCGUGGUCGCAGGUGCGGCUGGUGACGGCCUUGGCGCGGGCCGGGCGGGAGAGCGGCGGCACCGCGCUGCCCCCGCGGCCCUGCCUGCCGCUGCCCCCCGACCCGGGGGCGCCGCUGGGCCGCUGCGCGGUGCUGGCCGCCCGGCAGCCCGUCCCCAGGCUGCCCCCCUCCGCGGCGGUGACGCUGGUCGCAGAGCUUCAGGCCUGGGGCCUCUGGGACGGAGGCCGGGAGCCGAGGCCGCAGGCCUGGGCCAGCCUGCCGCUGUUUGACCGGGAGCGGAGGGUGCUCAGCGGCCGCUGGAGGCUGCCUCUGCGGGCGCUGCCCCGGGCCCCGGGCCUCGGCCCCCGGCAGCUCAAUGCCAUCCCUCAGGCCGGCCAGGCCGAGCUGUACCUGAGAAUCGCGAACGCGAGGGACGCCGAGAUCCAGGCACUGGCCACAGUGGACCCGACGCAAAGCCGGGAGUACCGCUACCUGCCCGCGGUAUCGGACUCGGGCUCUCCGGAAGACCGCCUGUACCCCCACUUCCUGGGGCCCCCCAGCCUGCUCCCCUCCCUCUCCCUCUCCGAUAGCUUCAGUGACCCUCCUCCUGCCCCAGAGUAGCCCCCUGAACACCCUUCGACUCCCGGCAAGCCAGGCCCCUCCUCCCCCCAAUCUGCAGGGUAUGGUCUGCUGGGGUGCCCUCAUCUGCCGCCCGGCUCUGGGUCUGGAUGGGUAGAGCCCAGACCAAACCCAUCCCCAAGGCCCCGGCAGCUCGAGGCCACAUGCCGGGACUUCCUCAGCCAGCAGGGUCUGGCCCAAAACACCCAGAACCAGCAGCCGAGGGGGAUCCUUGGGGACACGCGCUUGGAGUCCAUUCAGCACAGCGGCGGGCACCCCGACCUGGCACCUGGGAAAUCCCGCCCCCGGAAGCCCCUUUGUUCCUCAGCCCAGAGAGGAUGUUCACAGAUGCAGAACCCACCCCCCACCCCCCGCUGCUGGUGACAUUCACGGCCCACAUAGAGAGGGACACAAGCCUUUGGCCCAACCAUCCAGAUGGGGAAAAUCAUGGAUGAGGAAGGCUCAUUGUCCCCAGACUGUGGCCCGAGGGUGGGAUGGAUAUCAACGUAUGUCAGGCACUGCCAGAGCCAGGAUCAGCCCGAGCAGGGACCAGAUGCUUUGGAGAAGCUGGUUUUUUUUUUGCUGAGGUAAUUGGGGUUGUGACUUGCCCAGGGUCACACAGGUAGGGACACAGGUAGUGUCUGAAGCUGCAUUAAAACUUCAGGGCCAGUUGCCAUUGAGCUGC